AUGAUCAAGCGGUUGACCGAGUACCUGACGCAACAUACGAUUGAGGAGGUGCAGAAACUAACGGACCAGUCGGUGCCGAACCCGCCAAGGUGCUAUGACGAGCAGGUCAUGAUUCCCCUCGAGUGCUGCCAUGAGGCUGCCGACCUGCUGCACGAGUAUUUUGGGCCCGAGAUGAUGCAGUCGUUCAUCGGCGGCUCGCGCUGGUGGCAGAUGCGCAGCCAGCCGGGCAUCCCAGCCGAGUGGAUCUCGCACUAUUCUGACUACCACUCGUUCAUGGAAAAGAACGGGCGCAACCCGAGCCUCUCGACGUCGGUCCUUCACCACAUGACGCGGCACUCGACGCGUGUCAAUCCGCGGCACGAGCAUCCAGCCGACGUCAAUCCGAAUGCGUCGCGGCAUGCAGGGCGCUUCGCCGAUACCCACGAAGAGUCGCGGCGCCUGGAGCGCAUCAUGCUGUACAUCCACGGCGGUGCAUACUAUUUUGGCUCGAUCAAUACCCACAAGUAUGCGAUCCACCGCGCCUCGACCAAGUUUGGCGGGUUUACGCUCGCUGUGAACUACCGCAAGGCGCCGCAGUUCCCGUUCCCCUGCGCCAUCCAGGACUGCCUCGCGGCGUACCUGUACCUGAUCCGGCCGCCCCCCGGCGCGCUACACCCGCCCAUCGACUCGUCGCGCAUUGUCGUGGCCGGCGAUAGUGCGGGCGGCGGCCUCGCCGUUGCAUUGCUGCAGCUCCUCCGCGACCUGUCGCUGCCGAUGCCGGCGGGUGGUGUCCUCCUCUCGCCCUGGAGCGACCUGACGCACUCGUUCCCGUCCAUUCUGCAAAACACAAAGACCGACUACAUUCCGCCGUACAGUUUCCUGCACAAGCCGAGUUUGCUGUGGCCUGUGCCUCAGGACGCAGGGCGCUUUGCGAAGAAAAAGAGCCGGCGCCCGUUCGCCGCCCGAAAGCAGGCCGAGAUGCGGUCCGCCAACACGCUGCCGGCACACCAGCAGCCGCUGCACGUGUGGCAGCCCGACGGCACGGCGCAGGUGAUCGAGCCGCAGAUCCAGAUGUACGCGACGAACGCGCAGCUGCUGCAUCCCCUGUGCUCGCCCGUGCUCGCAGGCAGCCUCGGCGGGCUGCCGCCGCUGUUCAUCGUCGCGGGCGACGGCGAAGUCCUGCGCGACGAGGUGGUGUACCUGGCGCACAAGGCCGCACAUCCCGCAAAGUACCCACUCAACGAAACACUACUCAACCGCUUCCCGCGCUCGCGCGAGACGGCCGCGCGCUACAAAAAUGUGCCGACGUACGUGCACCUCCAGGUGUUCGACGACCAGUGCCAUGUGUUCCCCAUGUUCCUGUACACGACGGCCGCGCGUCUCGCCCUGCGCGGUAUGGCGUCGUUCAUCAAGAUGGUGACCGGCGCACCGCUCGCCGAGAGCGGCAAGAUGGCCGCUUCGUACGGCAGCGCGCCCGUCGGCAAGUACGAGUACUCGGGCAAGGUGCCGCUGCAGCGCCCCGGCUACGAGGACCAUAUGAUCCGCGAGCGCGUCGGGCGCGAGGGCCACGUGCGCCCGAUGGAGCCGGCGACCGAGAUACCAGCGCUGCAGCUGGCGCCUGCAUGGCUGGGCACUGUCCACGCGGCGGCGUACGAGCGUUUCCGCCGUGGCCAUACCAUCUGGGAUACCAAGUUCCAUGCCGAGACGAAGCGCGUGACCAAGCAGCGAGCCAAGCUCAUGCGGCGCGCGCGGCGCAUACUCGAUAAGGCCGCGGCGGAAGGCCUGCUGACAGACUGUGGCGACAUCCACGCAUCCGGCACGCGGUGGACGGACCUUGGGUCGUAUGGCCCCGCUGACCUCGAGGACGAGAUGCCGCCGCCGUCGGCGAUCGUCGGCCGUCACGACACGGUACGUAUGCCUGACUGA